AUGACAGUUGCACGGUUACUAGGAACUGAAGAAAUAGAAGUGAGGGCAAAUUCCCAAGUGGUAGUUAGCCAGGUACUGGGGCAGUUCCCCAUGAAAGGAGAAAGGCUGAAGAAGUAUCUCCAGCUGAUCGAAAUUAAGGUGAAGUACUUCUCGCCAAGACACCCUCAAGCUAACGAACAGGCCGAUGCAACUAAUAAAACCCUACUCUCCACCCUCAAGAAAAAGAUCGGGGCACACAAAGGGUCAUGGACCGAGGAGCUCCUAAGCGUGUUAUGGGCAUAUCGGGCCACUGUCCGAACCCUUACUGGGGAGACACCAUUUGCCCUCACCUAUGACAGCGAAACGGUAAUUCUUGUAGAAGUCGGGAUGCCCACAUUCCGUGUCCAACACUUCAACCCGGACGCUAACAAUGAAAGGCUAGCUGAGAGCUUAGAUGUCCUGGAGGAGAGAAGGGAAGAAGCAAUGAUGUAG